CGAGUGCUGCGUGAGCAUACAGUAUCCUCUAUUACUGCCACGCUGGAUCGCAAUCGUCAUCUCGAGGCAGAGCCGCCUACCUUCACACGUCAAGUCAACCACACAGCAACUCCGGCAUCUCGAAAAUCUCUCAUCGACCCUGAUCGGCCACCAAUACCGUUGCACUGGGGAAGUCGGCUAGAACAGUCUGGAGAUGCGGAAACAUCCGUUCAUCGCGGCGGUGAACACGGCCUUACCCCGCGGACGAAGAGCGGAAUAUGGUGACGGCCGAAGACGCAAGCGAGUUUGCGACUUCUUCAAGACGAAAAUGAAACCUCCACAGCACCUGGCGCCAGAUGAUGUGCGCUCAAUUGCGGUUGGAGUAUACAAGCUCGAGACGAGCUGUAGGUACACACCUUUACCAGCUAAUAACGGCAGGUGCGUUGAUGCAAUGUUCCGGUUCGAUUGCCUUCGCUCUGCGGCAAGCGAGCGCCUGAGCACACCCUGUCAACAGCUGCCAGGUCCACCAUGGUCCAUGAGCUCCAUCCAGAAGGUGGGAACGUUUCGAGAAGUCAAUCCCAUCUUGCCUACCGGAAACUCUCCCAGUAGCUUCAAAAGGCAGUGCUCGUUAUCAAAGAACCAUGAACCAAGUCAUACUGCUCGCAGUGAAACGAUAGCAACAUGCAGGAGAGUUUCGUUCUUCAUCUGGAGUCCAAACCCUUGAUAUGACCAGGGUGGCAGCUGGGCCGCAACCUGUACCACCGAAAAUGUCGUAACACAGUGGAUACUUAUAAAUUGACUCGGUAACCGGCAUUGGAGUACCCAGCAAGCACGCGCCUGCAA